AUGGCGGACCGGAUUCACUUUACGCAGAUUAACUUGCAUCACAGCAAAAGCGCCUCGGCUGUACUAGCCAGGUGCGCAGCUGUGAUGCACACAAGUAAAUAUAUAUUUUUAAUACAGGAACCAUGGAUCAUCAAGGGACACAUAAGAGGACUUGGCAGCUGUGGAAAACUAUUCUGGGCCGGAAACACGGACCGACCGAGAGCGUGCAUUAUAGCGAAAGGAAUAGACGCCUGUCUACUGCCACAAUUUAGCGAUGGUGACUUUGUUGCCAUCAGACUGAAGAUAAAGACGACCGGUGGAAUAGCCAGGGAUCUAAUUAUAGGGUCAGUGUACAUGCCCUACGAUUUGGAAAACCUGCCCCCACACGAAAACAUGAUGAAACUCACGACUUAUGCAAGGCAGAAAGGGCUAGAAAUACUCCUGGGAUGCGAUGCCAACUCGCACCAUCUGGUGUGGGGGAGCACCGACAUAAAUCCCAGGGGUGAGAGCCUAUUCAACUUUGUGGUAGGUAUGGAGCUACACAUCCUGAAUAGAGGAACAGAACCUACCUUCCUGGACUCUAGAAGACAGGAAGUGAUAGAUAUAACCAUAUGCUCAGGCGGAAUACUGGACCUGUUGAGGGGAUGGAGGGUCUCUGAUGAGCCCUCAGGAUCAGACCACAGGCAGGUCCGUUUCACCAUGGAGCAAGUACAGAGCCAAGGGUUAUGGAAGAGAAAUCCUAGGAAAACAAAUUGGAGAGGGUACGAGGAAGACCUUAGGAGUCGACUCAAGGAAGCACCCACUAGAUUCCACACCAAAGAAAAUUUGGAAACAGCGGCAGACUACUUGAAUGAUGCCAUUAAAUACUCAUACGAGAUGAACUGCCCAUUAGAGUCAAAGAACCCUUCAGCCAAAGCACCAUGGUGGAAUAAAGAGCUAGCUAAGCUAAGGGCUGAGGGGAGAAGACUCUUUAAUAGGGCUAGAAAUGUAAAUACACCGAGAUCCUGGGAGGAGUACAGGAAAUCUCAGAGAAUUUACAAAAAGGCCAUAGUAAAAGCUAAAAGGAAAGGAUGGAGAAGUUUUUGCUCAAGUAUAGAGAGUGCUCCUGAAGCAUCUAGACUGAGUAGAAUACUCUGCAAGGAAAACCAAACACAAUGGGGCUGCCUUAAGCGUCCCAAUGGAGGGUACACAGAAACUGCGGAGGAGACCCUACGGCACCUUAUGGAAAUUCAUUUCCCAGGCUUUAGGGAGGACUCAGCAGACAACAACAACAGGCAGAGACCCAUGACCGUGCACAAAUCAAGGGCAUGGGGACUGGCAGCUAAGGUGGUCUAUCCACAAGCAGUGGAAUGGGCGGUCGGUUCCUUCGAGCCUCUCCAGGACCUGAUGGAAUAUACCCGAUCCUGCUGCAGAAAGGGCUGA